ACCUUGUUUCCACCUCUGAGACGGACAGUCGGACACGGUGAUAAUACGAUACCAACUGCUGUGAUAAGACAACAUCCCAAAAUUCCCAAAUUCCCAAAUCCAGAAAUCAACGACUGACUGGUUAGUGGUUAGUGGUUACUACCCCUUUUAAUAUUACUUGGAGCGAUUUGUAACGUUUCGUUUGGUGUCCAGUUGUAAUUUGUUAAGUAAUUUUCCAAUAAUGAGUUUACACAUUUCGAAAAUCACGACGGCGUGUAAUUUAAAAAAUGUAUCCGCUGUGUUGAAAACUUGUAAAAAUGGGUUCGCCAACGAAGCUUCUUUCGAAGUAAAACCGUUCAAGCUACAUAAGCUGGAAUCCGGUCCGGAAACUACGGUAACUUUAAGUCGCGACGACGCGUUGAAAUACUACACUCAGUUACAAACUAUUCGAAGAAUCGAAGCUGCCGCUGGUAAUUUGUACAAAGAAAAGAUCAUCCGUGGUUUCUGUCACUUGUAUUCCGGUCAAGAAGCGGUAGCAAUCGGUAUUAAGGCGGUGCUCGAGCCGAUAGAUAAAGUAAUCACCGCUUACAGAUGUCACGGUUGGACGUAUUUGAUGGGCGCUCCGAUAAAAUCGGUACUAUGCGAGUUGACCGGCAGAAAAGGCGGAUGCGCUAGAGGAAAAGGAGGUUCCAUGCACAUGUACGCUCCGAAUUUUUUCGGCGGCAACGGCAUUGUCGGCGCUCAAGUGCCGUUAGGAGCAGGACUAGCGUUUUCUCUCAAGUACAGAGAGCAAAGCGGUAUUGCGAUCGCGUUAUACGGCGAUGGAGCCGCCAACCAAGGACAAGUAUUCGAAGUCUAUAACAUGGCCAAAUUGUGGAAUUUGCCUUGCGUAUUCAUUUGCGAGAAUAACGGAUACGGAAUGGGUACGAGCGCGGAAAGAGCCGCCGCCAGCGUCGAUUAUUAUUCGCGCGGCGAUUACAUACCCGGUAUUUGGGUCGAUGGUAUGGACGUGUUGGCUGUGAAAUCGGCGUUAAAGUUCACUCGAGAUUAUUGUACCAGCGGUAAAGGCCCGUUGGUGUUGGAAGCGGCUACCUAUCGUUAUUCGGGCCAUUCUAUGUCAGAUCCGGGUACCUCUUACCGAACGAGAGACGAAAUCCAAGAAGUGCGUCAAACCAGGGAUCCGAUAACCUCGUUCAGAGAGAAGAUUAUAAACGCCGAAUUGGUUUCGCAGGAUGAACUAAAAAAAAUCGACGUCGAUGUUAAGAAGGAAGUCGACGAAGCUGUUAAAGUUGCUAAAGCCGAUGUCGAAAUCGGUUUGGAAGAAUUAGCUGGCGAUAUUUACGCCGCUCCUUUGGAAACCGAAAUUCGUGGUACGACGCCGUUCAAUCCGUUGACCCAUAUCAAAGUCGGCCAACCCGCAAAUUUGUAAUUUACCGCUGUGAUUUAUUUGUUAACUAAGACUUAAGAUUUUCGAAUGUUUUGUCAUCGUAAUGUAAUGGCAGAAACAGUCAGGAGCGCUCUCGAUUUUGAUCAAUUAUUACGAAAAAACGUAAAUAUUUUCUUUGAGAACUGAAAGAAAAAUACCCGCGCUGCGUAAAAUGUCGAAAUUCUACUCGUAAUGAUUAGUGUUCCUCUUUUUGCGUUCUGUUCUGAAACGGCUACAGUAGGUUAGUGUACAAGUCAAUAACACAGCACGCUGUUUAUUCGACGCAACUUCUUCGCAUCCGCUUGGUGGUCUUUAUUUAGAAAUGAUUCACCGUGUUUUUAUUAUUAUUAUUAUUAUUUCACUGUUUGCCCGCCGAUACUUUUGAAUAUUUAGCUCGUAGGCAUUCGUGUACGUGUGCACAUAAUAUAUGUACAUUACAUCUGGGUACCUAGCAGCGAAAAUCUACAUACAUAUUUGUCGUGUGAUUUUCAACUUAAUUCUUCAACUUUUUUUUUUUAAGACAAACAAUAAUAAAUUUAAUAGAAUACUCUUAUAGUAUGUCGUAGAAAUAAAGCCUUUUAUUUUACACCAAGUAUCUGCUCACCUUGUAAAGAAAAAAUUAUAAUCUGUGGUCGGUAGGAGAGGGAGGUUCUCAGUACUUGAUCUUGAUGUACCUAGACCUACACGUUAUCAUAUUGGUAAGUACGUUCUCUGGCAGAAUCCUUCCUUCAUCCCCUGGAUCCUUGCUCGUCUUGGCUCCUUCAGGCUUCUUGUUUUCAUUUUUAUUUUACUUUCUCGUUGAUCGCGUAUUUUUUCUAAAGAGUUCUUUUUUUUCGUUUUUCGUGAUAGUUUUGGUUUACCAUAUUUUUGAUAUCUUAUGUAAGAAUGUAAUAAACUUGCUGUUGUGUA